AUGGCUUUCCAAAACAUUGCCGAGCAAUUUGUCCAGUUCUACUACAACACCUUUGACGCCGACCGUUCAAACCUGGCUGGACUCUACCGUGACCAGUCUAUGCUUACCUUCGAGACCAGCUCCGUUCAGGGUGUUGGCAGCAUCGUUGAGAAGCUGACUAGCCUCCCCUUCCAGAAGGUCGUUCACAGAGUCUCCACCCUCGACGCCCAGCCUUCCAGCAAUGAGGGUAGCAUCCUUGUCAUGGUCACCGGCGCUCUUCUGGUCGAUGAGGAGCAGAACCCCAUGAACUACACUCAGAGCUUCAACCUCUGCCCCGACGGCUCUGGCAGCUACUAUGUCCAGAACGACAUCUUCCGCCUGAUCUACAACGCAUAA